UGUCAACUGCGAAAAAAUAAGCAUUGAAAAAAGUUUUGAUAAUAAUAGGUAUUUUUAUUUUUCCUAACACCAAACAUAUUUUUCUUCGUUAUUCUUACGAAUGGUUAGGUAUAUGCAGCAGUAAAUAGAUCGAGUACUCAAUUUAUUAUUGUUUCCUCACGAAAUUUGGAAACGUUUUACGCUAAAACUAGAGGUGAAGUAAAACUUCGAAAAUCAACAAAUUUAAUCUCUUAGAAUUGAAAAGUGAACUUAUUUCAAGAGGGAUUUGGAAAAAUAAUUUGCAGUAGCCUUUAAAUAAAAUAAAAAUUUUUUUGGAAGAAUUUGUACUCCAAUAUGUUGAGCACACAUAUAUGUCGUACUAACGCUCGCCGUGCAUUUGGUCAACUUGUAUGCAUGCGACGUCACUUUGGAACCACAUUAACCAAAAAAGAAAUUUUCCAAGUGCAGAGUACCGAAGACUUUGAACAAAAAGUUAAAAAAAGUGAUAAAGUAGUCAUUGUGGAUUUUUUCGCUACAUGGUGUAAUCCUUGUAAAAUGUUAACGCCUCGUCUAGAAUCGAUUGUUGGCGAGAAGGCUGGUAGUGUUAAACUGGCAAAAGUUGAUAUCGAUGAGCAUAGUGAUUUGGCUUUAGAUUACGAAGUGGGUGCUGUACCCGUUCUUAUGGCUAUGAAAAAUGGCAAAGUAGUGAACCGCAUGAUUGGCCUACAAGAUACUGAUAAACUGCGAGCUUGGAUUGAGAAAACGGUAGCUGAAAAUAAGUAAUAACAUGCAUCACUAAUGAAAGUGAGUUUAACAUUUGUCUAGAACAGAGGAGAAAAUUGCAAAAAAGCUUUAAUUGUUAAAAUUGAUUUUGGUGGCCAAUUCUUAUAUUCUUUCGUAUUAUAAAAAAUGAACAAUAUUUGUGUAUAUAAAA